AAUCAUCGUAAUGUCAUACAUCUUUUCCCCCGAAGCGCAAGUACCGUAAAUCUCCCUGCGAUCUUUUCCAGUGCUCACCAUGUCUAUACCACGGACCUUCCGCCUCUUUGCCUCCCAGACUGAAAGGCCCCUCUGCUCAAGAUGCCUCUACCAAUCCAGCCUUGCUCAGCAAGGCGUGCGCUGGAACUCGAGCUCCGCAGCUCCCACGGCUCCCCUAUUCGCUAGAUUGAAACAAGAUCUCAAGGCCGCCAUGCGGGCAAAAGAUCAGGCAAGAUUGACGGUAAUUCGCGGCACGAUUUCCGAAAUCAACCAAGCCGCAUCCUCGUCCUCCCCCGUCCAGACGGACAUGCAGAUCCUCGCACUCCUUCGCAAACGGCGGUCCAGCAGUACGAGUGCGAGACAGGAAGCCCAAGACGCGAACCGGCCGGAGCUACUCGAAAAACUGGACAAGGAGAUUGAAGUCGUGGACGAGUUGAUGGGCAGCGUGGAGAUGAUGGACGUGUCGGAGAUGAGGUCCAUCGUGCGAAGCGCCGUGGAGUCGAUGAGAGGUCACGGUGAACAGACGGCGACGGGUGAGCUCAAGCCCGGUCCCGUCAUGAAAGAGCUGUUGAAGCCAGGAGGCCCGCUUGAUGGGAAACCGCUGGAUAAGAAGGUCCUCGCUGAGCUCGUGAGGGAGGAGUGCUUCAGUAAUCAUGGAAAAGCAUGAUUACCUAGGUAAGGUUCAUUCACCAAAAAGACUCUUGUAUUGUAUAUUAUACGAGGAGAGAGACUCUGUCAUUCAACCUCAAAACACCGCCAACGGCCAUUGGAACACCA